CUUUUAAUCUUUUGCCAAAUGAAAAACUGACACAUGGCUGAGUGCGUAGCACUCCAGUUCCUCAACAAUCCAAGCGUGCAGUCUUGCCGUGCUAAAUCGUUACCCACUCCUCCCCGACUCUCAGCUCUCCUGUCGUCCCCGCCCAGGCGCCGCCGACCUUCAUCGCACACCAGCAAGGCUCCAAUUUAGUGGCUAGGGUCACAGCCCUAUAGAGGGGUGCAAGAGAGAUGGCAAAUCAAGGUGCGAAGAAGCGCAAGGAAGAGAAUGCCCGGCACAUGGCGAAUAUCCGUCGCUUGAUUGUGGCCUGCAAUGUGAUUUAUGUGGUGGUAAGGAUGCUGAUCUUCCAUUCUACUUUUACAUGGAAAAACUGGGUUGCUUUGCUACUGACAUCUGUAGCAUAUUACAUUCCCUAUCAACAACUUGCCCAAAUGGCAAAUCCUACUUAUGCUGAUAAUGGGGAACUUCUGGAUGGUGGAUUUGAUAUGACUACUGGUGGAGUGUGUGGCUAUUUACAUGACGUAAUCUACAUUACAAGCUUCGUGCAAGUCAUGUCCAUAAUCUCUGGAAAAUUUUGGUACACAUAUCUGGUGAUACCAGCUUUUGGAGGAUACAAAUCAUUUGGUUUCAUUAAAGGAUUUAUGUCACAAGGUUCAGAGGGAGGCAUAGAGGAUGAAAAGACUCGGAAGAAGAGGGAAAAGAUGGAGAAGAAGGCUUCAAGAGGCCAGUUUGUCAAGUCAAGAAAUAGAUGAUCUACAUUCAAAUGAGUUCUCUUGAAAUCAGAUACAGUUUCUUCAGAGUUCAGACCCAGGAAAAAUGUGACUAUGGAUUGUCUGUACUGCUAGUAUGAGUACAGGGAGUUUAUAUUACUGUUUCAGCGUUUUGGAAGGUGGACGCGAAAAAGAAAUGUAGAUGCCAUACUUUUUACAUAUUCAUCCAGAUUUGUUUUAGACACGAGAAUAGAGAUAGAACCUCCAACAAUUAAGCACAUUGCUACAAAUCUGUAGUAAGAAAAUGAGGGGAUGCAUGUCGCAGCUGAUCUUGUCUUUCUAAAUUGUAAUCUGAGAAGUCAUUAGUUGAGUUUUCCUUUCAUCUUGAAAACCCCCCAUUAUGAGAGAUAUCCCAGCCAUAAAUCCUCGUACAUUUUCGGCACGACAGAAAUCCCAUUUUUGCUGCAGAUAAAAUUCUCACCUUUGCUAGCUGAUUAAGGACAACAACUUGUCAUUGAAUUUGUUCAUUUAUCCAAAGUAAUUUUG